GUAGAAUUUUUAUCAAUGAGUAUUCGGGAGACGUUUUCCCGACGCGGCGCGGCGCCCGCCCCGCUCGCCGUCGAUUUUCCUUUCAGUGCGACGCGGGACUCAGUCGGGUUACGGACGCCGCGGGCGUUGUGUCGCGACUUGAUCGCACUCAACAGUACUCACUGUUUACUCCAAAUACAGCCAUUCAAUCAAGAAGGGGCAACACACCGCACUCACACACCGUGUCGCAUGGCGGACGAAACGACAGCAGACUGUCUGUUCGAACGACUCCGCGUGCACCAGCAGCGCGCACCAGACUCCACGGAGGUGGCGCGUGCCAUCACAUCACGUAUCAACUCGCGUCUCACAUCACACGAUAAACAUGUACGACAAAGCACGUUGGAUAAAUUGUGGAACAAACAAUCGGGAGCGAUACAAAUGCUGCUCUCCAUACUUGAAAACACAAGAGACACAGCCACUUCUACCUACAUAACAUCCAUACUGAGAGAAGUUUUGUGUUUAAAGCAAGGAAAGGGGAAAAAAAGCUCAGAAGUACCGUCAUCAAACAAGAAGAAAGAAAAUAAAAAGGCAGGCAAAGAAAACAAAGCGCCUCUCGUUAAAAAGGUAAACAACCUCGCGAGACAACAGUGCGCGCAACACUUCAUAUCCUUAAACGGGUCGCAAUCAGUGCUCCGCACUUUGAUUGCCACACACGGGAAACGCGAUGGCAACGUUGGCACUGAACUGAUGCUGCAGGACCUCGUCUGGAUCCUCGCCUCACUGGCGCCUAGAGAUCCCAAGUUCGCAAUGAAAGUUAAAAUGCUUGGAUGCGUAAGGACAAUACAUCUAAUAUUGAAAGGUCACUUUACAGACAAUAAAUUAAUUUUCCCCCUAUUAGUAAUAAUGAAACAGUUAGCCAAAAAUGUUGUCACAACUUCCAUUUUGAUCCGAGAUGGAGUGAUCGCCACAUAUGAACGGGUGCUGGUGAGCCUAGGGUUCAUUCCAACAGCCAGACUCCGCUUGUGUUUGGACGCUAUAGACUACUUCAGCAAAAAUAAAGUGUGCUGCAUGCAGAUCGUGAAGACAGGCCUAAGUAGCGUGCUCCUCCGAGUGUUCGACCGGUGGGACCGCUACGAGGGCCGCAUGAGACUCAAGAUAUGCGCUCACAUAUUGCAGACCCUUCAGCACUUAUGCAAUAUAAAGGCUGGACGUCGAGCGUUGUGCACAAAGAAACAUGUGCAGACACUGCAUCGAUUUUGUUCACAAUGUCCAGACGAGCCAGAAUUUGACGGACUGUUAGCUCGCGUAUGCUCAGUAAUCACGUUGUGUCUUAAACAUCAAGCCUUACCUGUUCCUGCCUCUAGUCCAGCUUCUUUCAAUCUUAGUCCAAUUUUAAAAGGAACAAACACGUCGUGGCCUUGUCAUGAAGAUGAAGAAGACGCUGCAAAUUCUGAUUCGAAAACUUUUAACUCGGAUCUCGACGAUGAUGAACCUGACACUGACGUAGAGGCUGAUGAAUUUCCAGACAUAGAUUUUGAUGAAGAAGUUAAGACAGAUGCAAACGAUGAAGACAAAGUUCACACUAAAAGCGGUGAUAGUUUACAGAAUGCACUGUGGAUCAAUCCUAAUGAGAGAGAUUUAGAAGACUUAAAAAAAUAUUUUAUAUAUUUUAAAGAAUUUGGAUCGUACAAUAAACAAAUAAGACUUGUUAAAAGUCGUUCCAAUUCUAGAGGAUCAAUAUUAGAAGAUUUUUUGACAUCGCAAGCGGGAAGUAAUAAAAACGUGCCUUCACUAAAUCUUUCAUUAACCGCUGUAUUAGGCAACACCGAUUACGAUAGUAUUAUGGGAUCAUCACAAGCGACUUCUUUUCUCCAAGGUUUUCAUAGAAUUCAUGAAAGCGCUUCUACCACAUCAUAUUCAUCUCUAAAGAUUCACAAAGAUAUUUCCAAAUAUAGUUCGUUUGCAGUAGUAUAUAGUACAAUAUCAUCAAGAGUUAGAAGUGUAAUACCCUUUGUAAAAGUAGCAUAUCCGGAUAUGAUGGGCGGUCAAAGUUACAAUCAACCUGAACCUCUUAACAAAAUGGAACGUUCAGCUUGCAGAAUUAAACUACUUUCCUGUGUUGAUCGUGCUAUCAAUCCUGAAGCUUAUAUGAAUGAAGUAGUUUAUGAUCUAGAUCAACUUUGUAGCAGUAAUGUAAUCAAUACUAAUGCGGACACUACGUCCCAAAAAAGUUCAGACAGUUUGUUUUUAACCAAUAAUGAUGAACAAGAAAUUACAAAAGUCAACUGUUUUUCAUCGCGACUUAGCUUCGAAUCCAGAUUUGAAUCUGGUAAUCUGAGAAAAGCUAUUCAGAUAGGUCCAAGAGAGUAUGAACUGAUUCUCAUGCCGGAUGUCAACUCUAAUAAAAGACAUCAGUGGUUCUACUUCGAGGUACGGAACAUGCAGAGUGGUCGGCCCUACACCUUCAAUAUUGUCAACUGUGAAAAGUCCGACAGCCAAUUUAAUUUUGGCAUGAAGCCAGUCAUGUAUUCCGUGAAGGAAGCUGUAAUGGGCAAACCAGGAUGGGUAAGAGCCGGUUCGGAUAUUUGCUACUACCGAAACAGCUACCAUUAUGCGAACCAGAAAAAUCACAACAAAUGUUACCUAACCGUUACCUUUAAUAUUGAGUUCCCGCACAGCAAUGACGUGUGCUAUCUCGCCUACCACUACCCAUUCACUUACUCUAUGAUGAUGACCCGAAUUUGGCAGUGGAGCUUACAAAUGCCUUCUGGAGCGUACCUUCGCGCGGAGCCACUUUGCUACUCACUGAACAACAACGAAGUUCUAUUACUCACUAUAACAGCUGAAGAUACAUCAACAAAUCCUAUUGUGGACAGAGAGAUAAUAUUCUUGACGGCUCGCGUUCACCCGGGCGAGAGCAACGCGUCCUGGGUAAUGGACGGCACCCUGGAGUAUCUGCUAGGCGCCUCAACGGCCGCCGCAGCGCUGCGAGCCAAGUACGUCUUCAAGAUUGUACCGAUGCUCAACGUCGAAGGAGUCAUCAAUGGUUGCCAUCGAUGCGGCUUGACUAAUGAAGAUUUAAAUCGACGUUGGUGUAAACCCAGUCCCGUUUUGCAUCCGUCUAUUUAUCACACCAAGGGCCUUAUAGAAUAUCUAGUUCGUGUUUGGAAAAAACCACCAUUGGUAUAUUGCGAUUAUCAUGGGCAUUCGCGUAAGAAGAAUGUAUUUUUCUACGGAUGCGCGGGCGCAGAAAGUUGGUGCAGCAACGACCGAUUAGUGCAAGAUGAUCCGGUUAAGUACCUCAUGUUGCCAGCGUUAAUGCACCGCAUAUCUCCAGCGUUUGCACUUGGUUCAUGCUCAUUUAGAGUAGAGAGAGAGAGGGAGAGCACCGCCCGAGUCACCGUAUGGCGACACCUUGGCGUCACGAGAUCUUACACGAUGGAGGCCUCUUUCUGCGGAUUUGAUCGAGGGCCUUUCAAGGGAUUUCACCUGAACACCCAACACCUUCAAAGCGUUGGCAGUGACUUCUGCGAAGCACUAAAUGGUCUGAACGAUAUAGUCACUAAUGUUGAUAUACAACUCACCAAAGAUCUCAAUGGAAAUAUCAUUGACAUUAAUUUGACCAGUGCUGGGAUUAGCAGUGAAGUAGCAGUGGAUAGCGAAGCGGGUUCCGGUUCAGAUAGUGUUUUGAAAACAGAUUCCGAUGAAGACUUCGAUUAGAUUCUAAAGUAUACUGACCCUUAGGCUAAGCGCUCGCUACAAUAAUAUCGUUUGUACAUAUAUAUCCACAUUUCAGUAACUGAAAUAUAUGUUCCUGAUUUAACUCAUAGUUCUUGAUCGUUUGUCCAAGUUAUAAAUACUCUUACCUGAUAGGACAUGCUUAAUUUUUAGAAGUAUUUUUUUUAUUUACUUAUAAAUUUACAUAACAUUCAGUGGAUUUUAAGUUACAUGUAGUUUAAACCCGUGAACCAAAUUUGUUUGUGUGAUGUACUCGUGUAAAGUAUAUAUAAUUAGAUAUAUAUAUGGUUAAAUUUUAAGUCGUUUGUGAUCUCACUAAUGAAUAAAUUACGUAAUUGA